AUGCUGUACCGACCGUACACGGAUCCGGCUUCGCGCUCUGCCACCCGCGUCGUCUUUGCGGUCCUCUGCGCCCAUUUAUCAUCCGCCUCCGCCUCUUGCAGCACUGCGUGGCCGACGCUGCCCGGCUCGCAGUGUGCGUCUGCCGUGCGAGAGCUCACCGCGGUGCCGACCUGCCUCCUGGUCGACGCCAACAACGUGCGGGGCGCGACCGCCUUUCGGCUGACCACCGGGGCGCUGGUGGACCUUGCCGAGGCGUGGGCUCACUCGAAUGGCCUUCGAGGCCGCGUGCACCUGGUUUGGGACCAUGGCUGCAAGCCCGACGCGCUCACGUCGCGCGGCCUUGAGCACGGCUUUGCCGGGCCGCGACAGUCAGCGGACGACAUGAUCGCGGCACAGGUGCCGCUCCUGCUCAAGGGUGGCGAGCGGGUGUGCGUCGUGACCACGGACCGGGAGCUCAUCUUCCGAGCCAAGCACGCGGCCGCCUCGUCUGGCGCAGGGCGAGGCGCGCUGAGGCUCCUCGGGACGCGGAAGUUCGUGGCGAUGCUGCGCCAUGGGCGGGAGGCAGCGGAGUGCGCGCAGGAGGAGGCAAGCCGCUUCGCCAUAGCGCAGCGCGCCUCGCGCUGGCACGAGCGGCGGCGCAGGAAGCACGCUCGCAAGUCCGGCGCCGCGCCCUUCGCCGAGCGGACGUGGCAGAGAGUGCUCCUCGCCGAGAGGCUGCGGCGAGCGAUCCGCACCCGCGAAGGCGGCGUCGCGAACAGCGGCGACCCGACUGCUGAGCGCUCGUCCUUGCUGCGCUUCGCUGCCGCCGUCGGAGAGGAUGGCGAGGCGGCAGCGGAAGAGGCGCCGCCCGCACUCAUUGCGGGAGAUCCUCAUCGCCUUGCGACGCCGAGGGAGUGCGGCGAGUGGGUGCGCGAGCGGCAGCUGGAGAGCCUCGAGCGCUGGCUGAGUCACGCCGGCGACGUCGCGCAGGGCCUAGGCGCUCCUUGA